GGAAAGGAGGGACGGCCGGCCCCGUCAGUCAGGCAGCGGGAGCCGCCGGGAGCGGAUGGCGGCGGUAGUAGCAGCGCCACUCGCCGCCGGAGGAGAGGAGACGGCGACCACGACCUCAGUACCAGGGUCUCCGGGUUUGCCUGGGAGCCGUAGCGCAGAGCGAGCCCUUGAGGAAGCCGUAGCCACCGGGACACUGAACUUGUCUAACCGGCGCUUGAAGCACUUCCCUAGGGGUGCGGCCCGCAGCUACGACCUGUCAGACAUCACUCAGGCUGACCUGUCGCGGAACCGGUUUCCCGAGGUGCCUGAGGCAGCGUGCCAGCUGGUGUCCCUAGAGGGCCUGAGCCUGUACCACAACUGCCUGAGAUGCCUGAACCCUGCCUUGGGGAAUCUCACCGCCCUAACUUACCUCAACCUCAGCCGAAACCAGCUGUCAUCGUUGCCACCCUACAUUUGCCAGCUGCCCCUGCGUGUGCUUAUUGUCAGCAACAACAAGCUGGGAGCCUUGCCUCCUGACAUCAGCAGUUUGGGAAGCUUGCGACAGCUUGAUGUGAGCAGCAAUGAGCUGCAGUCCCUCCCUAUGGAGCUGUGUAGCCUCCGUUCCCUGCGGGAUCUCAAUGUUCGGAGGAACCAGCUCAGCACCCUGCCUGAUGAGCUGGGGGACCUUCCUUUGGUCCGCCUGGAUUUCUCCUGUAACCGUGUCUCCCGCAUUCCGGUCUCCUUCUGCCGCCUCAGGCACCUGCAGGUCAUUUUGCUGGACAGCAACCCCCUGCAAAGCCCGCCCGCCCAGAUCUGCCUGAAGGGGAAACUUCACAUUUUCAAGUACCUAUCAACAGAGGCUGGGCGGCGUGGAGCUGCUCUGGGGGACCUGGCCCCUUCCCGCCCCCCGAGUUUUAGUCCUUGCCCGGCUGAGGAUCUGUUUCCAGGACGUCGGUACGAUGGUGGGCUGGACUCAGGCUUCCACAGUGUUGACAGUGGCAGCAAAAGGUGGUCAGGAAAUGAGUCAACAGAUGAAUUUUCAGAGCUGUCGUUUCGGAUCUCAGAGCUGGCCCGGGAACCUCGGGGGCCCAGGGAGCAGAAGGAGGAUGGCUCUGGGGAUGGGGACCCUGAACAGAUCGACUUCAUCGACAGCCAUGUUCCUGGCGAGGAUGAAGAGCGAGGUGCAGCUGAGGAGCAGCGGCCUCCUGAAUUAAGUCCUGCAGCAGGGGACGGGGAGCGGGGACUCAGCAGCAGGCGUGAGGAGCCUGCAGGGGAGGAGCGGCGGCGCCCUGACAGCUUGCAGCUGUGGCAGGAGCGAGAGCGGAGGCAGCAGCAGCAACAGCAGCAGCAGCAGCAGGCUUUGUGGGCUCCCCGGAAAGACAGUUUCCUGAAGCUGGGCAUCAAGGCCUCAGGGGGCGGAGCCACCCCAUCCACUCAGACCACCUACAAUGGGGCUCCCAAGCCCAGUGUUGCCCCGCUGGGAGCUUCAGGGAUGCAGGGAUCCCCUGUGCCUGCUCCUCCCUCCCAGGAGCCCCUUCCUGUAGUUGGACCAGCUAUAGCACCUGCUCCCCGGCCACAUGGCUCCAUUCAGAGACCGAACAGCUUCCUCUUCCGCUCCUCCUCUCAGAGUGGCUCAGGCCCUUCCUCACCAGACUCUGUCUUGAGACCUCGGCCUCCCCCCCAGACCUCAGAUGAGAAGGAAUUGAUGUUUCAGCUGCGCCAGGCCCUUGAGUCGAAGCUGCAGCGACCCCUGCCUGAGGACCUGGCUGAGGCCCUGGCCAAUGGGGUCAUCCUCUGUCAGCUGGCCAACCAGCUCCGGCCACGCUGUGUGCCCUUCAUCCACGUGCCCUCACCUGCUGUGCCAAAGCUCAGUGCCCUGAAGUGUCAGAAGAAUGUAGAGAGUUUCUUAGAAGCCUGUCGAAAAAUGGGGGUACCUGAGGCUGACCUGUGCUCGCCCUCGGAUCUCCUCCAGGGCACCACCCAGGGGCUUCGGACCACACUAGAGGCUGUGAAGCGGGUCGGGGGCAAGGCCCCUCCACCUGCCUGGCCCCCUUCUGGUCUGGGUGGCUUCGUCUUCUUCUACGUGGUCCUCAUGCUGCUGCUCUAUGUCAUCUACACUCGGCUCCUGGGUUCCUAGGGCCGCAGUCCCCCUCCCCACUUCUAUUUAUAAGAUUCCUGCUCACCCCCCCCACCAGUGGUGCCUUCAGCCCCUACCAAAGACACUAGAGUACCCUUCACAGACACUGACCUCAGAGGCCCCACUCUGGUGCCCCCAGACCCUGGGUCCCCCGCCUCUGGCCUCCCUCCUGUAGGCCCUGGCCCGCAGUGCUGAUGUGGCCUGAGUGACCUUCAAGCUUCUGCUGCUCUUCACUGCCCCCAUCCUCCUGGGGUGGGGAAGAGCCCCACUCUUUUCCUUCCUUCUCCACCCUCCCCCCACUGGUUGCUAUGGGGGGGCUAAAUUAUCUUCUAUUUUGUAGAGAGAACUCUAUAUAUUUGUAGGGGAUGUGGGAGCCCAGGCUGGGUCCCCGGCUCUGUGUAUAAACUGUACAGACUGUG